GGUGGGGUGUAAGGAGGUAAAAAAUAUUUCGAUGAAACAUGAGGGCCUUGGGCCCUCAUAAGUGCGCUAGCUCCAAAGGUUCAAAAGUAGCUACUGCAGGAUCUAAAGUUUCCGCGCCGGUAGAACUGCUCCCGGGGUGGGGCUUAGCAUCGUCCCACUCUCCUUCCUCAGACCACAGAGGCUCAUCCUUGCCACGCCCCUUCGCCCCUGCCCCACGCAUUCGCGUUGCAUGCUGGGAAUUGUAGUUCAGGGCGGGCCCAUCCGGAAGGACGAAGUUGUCACAGAGUUCUGCCCGCCCCUCGGGUUGGAGGUCAAGUCUCUGAAGGUGCUCCCUCUCCACUGUCAGGCGGAGCCUUCUGCGAGUACGCCUGCACUUGUCUGUGCCACAUUCCCUUUCUGGCUUCAAAUAAAGUUUUCCUCUUCCUCCGCCGGUACGGAGUUCAAGAUGGCAGCCUCCUGGUCGCCCUUGGCUACCCUGCGCUGCCUAGCGCGGAGCGGGCUGAGAGGGAGAAGUGUCGGGUGCGGGGUCCGGGCCGCCGCCCCGGGGAGGCCCCACUGGAAAGCCUAUACAGUUCAGACAUUGGAGAGCAUCACCUCAACUGCUGCUUCUGAGGCCCAUUUGAAAGCUUUGGCUAUUUGCCAAGGACCCCUGGACCAUUAUGACUUUCUGAUCAAAGCUUGUGAGCUAAAAGAUGAUGAACAUCAAAGAAGAGUCAUCCAGUGUUUGCAAAAGUUAUAUGAAGACCUUAAAGGGUACAGUGUAGAGGCAGAAGGCUUUUUGUCAAAGCUUUUUUCAAGGAGCAAACCUCCCAGGGGCCUGUAUGUUUAUGGUGAUGUUGGAAUUCAUCGCCUUAAACAGAAUUUGCCAAAAAGGAAAGCAGGAUUCAUGGCUCAAUCAUAUGACCCAAUAGCUCCCAUUGCUGAAGAAAUCAGCCAAGAAGCAUCUCUCCUGUGUUUUGAUGAAUUUCAGGUCACUGACAUUGCUGAUGCCAUGAUUCUGAAACAGCUUUUUGAAAAUCUGUUCAAAAAUGGGGUCGUCGUUGUGGCAACAUCCAACAGACCACCGGAAGAUCUCUAUAAAAAUGGACUUCAAAGGGCUAACUUUGUGCCAUUUAUAGCUGUCCUGAAGGAAUAUUGUAAUACAGUCCCACUUGAUUCUGGGAUAGAUUAUCGGAAAAGAGUACUCCCCGCUGCAGGAAAACUCUACUACCUCACAAGUGAAGCUGAUGUGGAGGCUGUCAUGGAUAAGUUGUUUGAUGAGCUGGCUCAGAAACAAAAUGAUUUAACUAGACCAAGGAUUCUAAAAGUGCAAGGCAGAGAGCUGCGGCUGAAUAAAGCCUGUGGAACCAUUGCCGACUGCACAUUUGAAGAGCUGUGUGAGAGAGCAGUUGGAGCCAGUGACUAUUUGGAACUCUCAAAGAAUUUUGAUACACUAUUUUUACGAAACAUUCCACAAUUUACGCUGGCAAAGAUGACUCAAGCUCGAAGAUUCAUAACUCUCAUUGACAACUUGUAUGAUUUCAAGGUGCGGGUAAUUUGUUCUGCGUCGACUCCUAUAUCAAGCUUAUUUUUGUAUCAACAUGAUGACAGUGUGUUGGAGCAAAGCAGAAUACUGAUGGAUGAUUUGGGACUGAGCCAGGAAUCAGCAGAAGGGCUCUCGAUGUUUACUGGAGAAGAGGAAAUCUUUGCAUUUCAGCGCACAAUUUCCCGACUCACAGAAAUGCAGACUGAACAGUACUGGAAUGAAGGGGAGAGGAGCAAGAAGUAACUGUCAAUUUCACAUGAAUAAAACUAGAUAAAUGGCUAAUACAGGGAGAACUCUGUAUUUUAAGACUUGAAGGAACCAUUUUCUCAUCAUUAAUUAUGCACUUUGUCCUCUGGACCAUUUUAAUCUAAUAUUGCUGUCAGAGAUGUAGUGGAUUAGUAAGUUAAAGACUUACAUUUUUAUAGGUCUACUUUUUUGCCUAUUUAUUUGUGCUAAUUUCUGCACUACAAUAUUAUAAUUAUCACUCGUAAAGAUUACUGUCAAACCAGACAUGUUAGCUUCCCAUUAAGCCACCUGAAUGAACCUUGAACAUGCAACCGCACAGUAAAUGUAGGGUAUGUGGACAUUUCCAGCUUUGCUUUUAUGGUUGUAGCACUUAAGAAGGCCAUCUUUAUAAGGGGAAGAGAACCUUGCAUUUUACUUUGAAACAGAGCUUUCUGAUCUUUCUAUAAACUGAAGAGAAUAACAUUUUAGAAUAUGGGUUUAAAUAUGUGAUUUCUUUAAGGAG